AUGUUCUGGUCGCAGCGCCCCUGGGAGGAUGACCUGGCCGUGGCGCAGGCUGUUUGUGAUGAGAUUAACAUCCCGCUGCACAUAGUGCAUCUCACAGACGCCUACUGGCAGCGCGUGGUGACGCACUGUGUGGGAGAAAUCCGCAGCGGCCGCACUCCCAACCCCGACAUGCUCUGCAACUCGCGCAUCAAGUUUGGUGCCUUUUACGAUCACCUCGACUUCACUCAUUUCGACCGCGUUGCAUCGGGGCAUUACGCCCGAGUUAUCCGCUCACCACCACCUGGCCGAUCUCACCCCGGCGAGAGUGUUGCUGUGCGCCUGGUCCUGUCUGCAGAUGAGGUGAGAUAUCAUCUGAGGCGCCUCAAAACACUUUACUCGUUUGACUGUGUGGCAUCGGGGCACUAUGCCCGCGUUGUCCCCUCGCUAACUGACCCGUCUCAACCGGGCCAGUCUGCUGCUGCUGUGCGCCUGGUCCUGUCAGCAGACGAGGUGAAGGAUCAGACCUACUUCCUCUCGCACCUAUCGCAGCAGCAGCUCUCUCGAGUCAUGUUUCCCCUUGGAGCCCUCACCAAGGUGCGACAGCUGGCAGCGGCGUUCAACCUGCCCAACCAGAGCCGGAAGGACUCCCAGGGGAUCUGCUUCCUGGGGAAGGUACGGCCUGGGGAAGGUACGGCCUGGGGAAGGUACGGCCUGGGGAAGGUACGGCCUGGGGAAGGUACAGCCUGGGGAAGGUACGGCCUGGGGAAGGUACGGCCUGGGAAAGUUACGGCCUGGGGAAGGUACGGCCUGGGGAAGGUACGGCCUGGGGAAGGUACGGCCUGGGGAAGGUACGGCCUGGGGAAGGUACGGCCUGGGGAAGGUACGGCCUGGGGAAGGUACGGCCUGGGAAGGUACGGCCUGGGGAAGGUACGGCCUGGGGAAGGUACAGCCUGGGGAAGGUACGGCCUGGGGAAGGUACGGCCUGGGGAGGGUACGGCCUGGGGAGGGUACGGCCUGGGGAAGGUACGGCCUGGGGAAGGUACGGCCUGGGGAAGGUACGGCCUGGGGAAGGUACGACCUGGGGAAGGUACGGCCUGGGGAAGGUACGGCCUGGGGAAGGUACGGCCUGGGGAAGGUACGACCUGGGGAAGGUACGGCCUGGGGAAGGUGAAGUUCCCUGAGUUUGUGGCGCGGCAUGUGGGCGAGCAGGAGGGACUGCUGGUGAAGUUCCCUGAGUUCGUGGUGCGGCAUGUGGGCGAGCAGGAGGGGUUGCUGGUGAAGUUCCCUGAGUUCGUGGCGCGGCAUGUGGGCGAGCAGGAGGGGCUGCUGGUGGAGGCGGAGAGCGGGGAGGCCCUGGGCGCGCACAGAGGCUUCUGGUUCUUCACCAUCGGGCAGCGGCAAGGCAUCAAGCUGUCUGGGGGACCGUGGUACGUUGUUGCCAAAGACACGGCCACUAACACAGUCUUCGUAUCCCGCGACUACCACUCGCCAGCCAAGUCCCGGCGGCAGUUCUGGGUGGGCGGGUUCAGCUGGACGCAGGGAGGGGAAUGCACCCCUCCUUUGAGUGAACGGCCAAAUCUGACGUGCAAGGUCCGCCACGGCCCCCAGUUCUACCCCUGCUCUUUUGCCAGGCAGGUAGCAGCAGGAAGGGCAGCAGCAGGAGAAACCGCAGCGCUGGUGACCCUCUCCCAGGACGAUCAGGGCCUGGCUGCGGGCCAGUUUGCCGCCUUCUAUGAUGGCGUCACGUGCCUCGGGUCGGGCGUCAUCAUUGGCGUGCCGCCCGGGGACGACAGUGCGGGCGGCAUGAGUGGCGACAGCAGCAGCAGCACAGUGCAGGACCAGCAGAGACCUGAGCAGGGGCUAGGUUCUGAAGCAGAGGAGGGGCAGGAGAAGAGGAAGGGACCUGUGUCAGCUGCAGCGUGGGAGACGGCAAGGCGAGGGCUGGCAGGGGUGAGGAUUGACGAUCCAGUGGAGGAGGCUAUAGCGCGGUUCGCGGGGAGGAGUGGGAGGGAGGUUUGGGGCUGGAAGGGAGGGGAGGAGAGGGGAGUGGGGGGGGAGGGGAGAGCGGAGGGUGAUUCUUUUGGAGGUGGCUAUAACGAGGAUGGGAAUGUGAUUGAUUUGGAAGGGGUGCUGGAUGGAGGGGAGGAGGAGGAGGAGGAGGAGGAGGAGGAGGAGGAGGAGGAGGAGGAGGAGGAGGAGGAGGAGGAGGAGGAGGAGGAGGGGGAUGAGGGGGGGAUUGAUAUGGGUGAUUUUCUAGCGGGGUUAGAAGGGGACGAGAGGGAGGAGGGUGGAGAAAGGGAGGAGGAGGGAGAAGGGGAGGAGGACGAGAGGGAGGAGGGGGAGGAAAGGGGAGAGGGAGGGGGGCGAGUGGGAGGAACUGAGUUGGCGUUGGGGGAGGAGGAGGGGGAGUGGGGCAAGGCGUUGGGAGACGAACUGGAAAGGGGAAGGACGAUGGGAAGAGAAACGGAAGAGGGGAGGCUAGAGGCACCAGGGAAGGAAAAUGGAGAGCUCGUGGUGGAGAGGGGUGAGAUAAGAGAGAGAAUCGGUGGUGAGCGAUGCAAAGCGGUGGAGGGAGGUGGAGCAGGAGGAGUAGAAGGAAGGGAAUAUCUAGAACAAGGAGCGAGAGGCAAUGGUUUUGAGGUGGAGGGAGGGACAUACUCAGCGGAGCAAGAGCAGCAGAGAGGAGGGAUUUCAGAAAGGGAGCAGAUACAGUCAGAAUUACUUCUGAGGCACCAUGAAAGUCCCCAGGGAGGGGCAUACUCAGCGGAGCAGCAGAGGGAUAGGGAUGUGCCUUUAGAAGGGGGGCAGAGACAGUCAGAAGAGAUGGUGACUUUGGAUAGAGAUGAUUCUCGUGGUGCUUUUACUGGCACUUUGGGGUGUGACAAUCAUGAGGGUGACAAUAGGGAGAGUGACAAAGGGGAGAGUGGUCACGCCUUGGGUGGUGCUAACGGUCACUUGGAGGGUACCUUUCAGCAGCUUAACGAAUCAGAGAGGCGGCACUAUAACGAGGAUGAUGUGGAUAUGGAGGCAUUAGAGGAGCUGCUGCAGCUGUGUGCUGAUGAUGGUGAUGGUGAUGAUGAUGGUGAUGGUGAUGAUGGUGGUGAUGGUGAUGGCGAUGAUGGUAAUGGUGAUGGUAAUAGUGAUGGUCAUGGUGAUGGUGACAGGGGCACAACUGUCAGGCAUGGAUUCUCUUCUGAAGCUCCUCAAAACGGCUUUCCAACUGACCUUCAACACGAGCCACUGGUAUCAGAGCAGCAGAGACAUGACCUGGUGGCUGACCGAAACACAGAUUUCCCUCAUGUGACCCCCGUUGCUGACCGAAGCACUGAUAUCCCUCUUGCUAGCAACCACUCCUCUGCUCCUGUGAGCAACACUCCCCUCUCUCCUGAGAGCGAUCCCAUACAAGCAGCCUCGUUAGCAGCAGAGCGGUCGCUGGCAGCAGUGGCGGGGAUAGCAGCGGAGUGCUUGGAGCGGGAGCUGAGUCGGUUUGAGGUGAUCUGCCCGCCUAGCGGGGAGCAGCUGGUGGUGCUUUAUGUGACGUCUCUUGAAGCCGUCAGGAAGACGCAUGCUGACUGCGUGAAGAUGCGAGCAUUGCUCAAGUGUAUGGAAGAGGGGCGGGUCAGGGCGGGGGACGUGGCGGUGGUGCUGCAUGUGAUGUCGCUGGAGGCUGUGAGGAAGGCGCAUGCUGACCGUGUGAAGAUGCGGUCAUUACUCAAGAGCCUUCACCUGCGAUUCCAGGAGGGUGACGUGGCGCUACAUCCAGCCUAUCAGGACGAGCUGCUGCUGCUAUUGAUUCACUUGCACCCUUACCCUCCCACCCCCUGCUUCCCCCACCCUUCCUCACUCGCUUCCAACCAAUCAGAGCCUUCAUUUGAGAUUUCAGGAGCGUGA